ACGCGUGGGUGAUAAAUGGUUUCUCGCGUGUGACCUACAUGUACAAUGAUUGUUCACAUACUUGAACGUUAUCAGUGAUUUGACCUGGACAUCGUGUGUGCCGACCCUGAUAACAAACCUUGGGUCACGUAAGAUCAAAUGUGUUUCCAUAUCCAGAACAGGUGUGUGGAUUGAGGGAAUCAUCUGUACACCCACUGACGGUGGAUUACCCCUGCUUGGAGACUAAUUAGGUCCUCUGAUCAACUGAGAAAGGUUAUUUGAUCUGUCUGAUCUGAAGAUGAAAUUCGAUGAUAUCCUGACCCACGUGGGGGAGUUCGGACCGUACCAGAGGCGUAUGUACGUCCUCGUGUGCGUUCCCGCCAUCUUUUCUGCUAUUCAGGCUAUGCUUCCACUUUUUCUCCUGGAUAUUCCAAAACACAGAUGUGCUAUCUCCCCGAACGAUACAUUCCACAGCCAGGGAGAGAGUCACUCGAGGCUUGUGAACCAGUCAAUCCCUUACGUGAAAGAAGACGGUAAAUUAACUCUUUCAUCAUGCCUCCUAUACAAGACUCCCAUGAACGACAGUGGCGAUAGCAACGAAACUGAGACGUGCAGCAGAUGGGUGUACGACACUUCAGAUAUCCAGGAGAAUAUUAUAACGGAGUUCAAUAUCGUCUGUGACAAACGUAUCCUUCGAGCGCAUUCCAACAUGGCGGUGUUUGCUGGAAGUCUGGUUGGCGCAUUUGUUAUGGGACUCGUGUCAGAUCUUAUUGGACGUAAAAUAACAUUUUUCAUCAGCGUCGGGCUGCAGGCGAUCUCGGCCAUUGUGACGUCAUUCAGUCCCAACAUCUACGUGUUCAUCGUCAUCCGUGUCAUCAACGCCCUCUCCUCCACGGCUUUGUUCAUGAUUGCAUUCGUGCUCGGUCUGGAGAUGGUUGGUCCAUCUAAGCGAGUGUUGGCUGGGGUAGGCGUCCAGCUGUUCUGGAGUGUGGGCAUGUUCAUCCUGGGGGCGGUUGCCUACGCCCUCCGCUACUGGAAGACAUUACAGCUCGUCAUCUCAGUGCCUUCCGCUCUCCUGUUUGGAUUUUGGUGGCUGAUUCCAGAAUCCCCAAGGUGGCUGUUGUCUCGUGGUCGCAAAGCGGAAGCGGAAGCUAUCAUUCAGAAAGCGGCAAAGAUAAACAGAGUAGAACUUCCGGCCUCAAUGUUGGCUGAGCUGACCGUUGAUGAGGGAGACCGAGGGAAGUUUACUCAACUGUUCACCUCAAGGAUCAUCAGAAACAGAACCCUAAUCAUCUUCUUCAACUGGUUUGUUGUGAACAUAGCGUACUACGGUCUUGGGCUGAAUGUACAGAACCUGAGCGGCGACAUUUACCUCAACUACACCAUCUCCAGCAUCGUGGAGACGGCGUCAUACGUGGCGUGUAUACUGCUGAUGGACAAGGUUGGAAGGAAGCUGCUCCACUGCAGCAGUAUGUUAGUGGGAGGGUUGGCGUGUGUGGUAGUGCUGUUCCCUGUUAUAUAUGCAGCACCCUCGUGGGUCACCAUCCUACUCUCAAUGAUCGGAAAGUUCGGAGUGUCAGCUGCGUUCGCCAUUAUCUAUGUCUUUUCUGCCGAACUCUUGCCCACUGUUGUGCGCAACUCCGGCGUGGGCGCCAGCUCUACUUGUGGGAAGAUAGGCGGAAUGACCUCGCCCUAUAUUGCAGAUCUGGGUCUUCUCAUUGGCGGCGACCUGCAGGUGGCGCUGCCACUCAUUGUGUUCGGCGUGUUAUCUGUGGCUGCCGGGGGUCUCUCUCUUUUUCUUCCUGAGACCCUGAACACAACGCUACCCGAAACUAUUGAAGAUGCCGAAGCUUUCGGAAAGUCAACCUCGAGCACCAAAUACAACCUGACGUCAAAAAGCAAGAUAGCAUCUGGAGAUGUACGGUUGAAUGGUGUUCAGAAAAACACACAUGUGUAACAUUGCCAACAACACACGUGUAACGUUUUCAACAACACACAUAUUAUUUAACCUGUCAACAACACACAUGUGUAACACUGUAUGCAACAUAGAUGUUUAACAUUGUCAACAACACACAUGUGUAAUUUUGUCAAGAACACACAUGUGUAACAUUGUAUGCAACAUAGAUGUGUAACAUUGUCAACAACAACACACAUGUGUAACAUUGUCAACAACAACACACAUGUGUAAUAUUGUCAAGAACACACAUGUGUAACAUUGUAUGCAACAUAGAUGUGUAACAUUGUCAACAACAACACACAUGUGUAACAUUGUAUGCAACAUAGAUGUGUAACAUUGUCAACAACAACACACAUGUGUAACAUUGUAUGCAACAUAGAUGUGUAACAUUGUCAACAACAACACACAUGUGUAACAUUGUAUGGAAUACAGAUGUUUAACAUCGUCAACAGCAUACAAGUGUAACAUUGUAUGCAACAUAGAUGUUUAACAUUACCAACAACACCCAUGUGUUACAUUGUAUGCAACAUAGAUGUGUAACAUUGUCAACAACACACAUGUGUAACAUUGUAUGCAACAUAGAUGUGUAACAUUGUCAACAAAACACGUGUAACAUUGUCAACAACACGCAUGUGUAACAUUGUCAACAACACUCAUGUGUAACAUUGUCAACAACACACGUGUAACAUUGUCAACAACAACACACGUGUAACAUUGUCAACAUGUUCUACCGUUUAGUAUUAUAUCUUCAUUCAUGUUAACAUGACCCUCUUUCACUACUGUGUAAUUUACGAAGUGGGUCCUGAAAUAAAAAAAAAGUUGGAGCCGUGCGUAUCAUUGCCCCAGGUGAAUGCCGUAUUGUACGCAUAAAAGAGUAGUCAAAUACUGACGACUUGCAACCUGCAACCUAAUCAAAUACGUGGGGAAUCAUUCUUUUCGCUUUAACGGCUAAUUUGUACCGGGCGUCGUCUCUUCUCAAAAGCUUUCUUCAAUAUAGUUUGAACUAUUUCCAGGGAGUGGCUCUUUGUGUCCUUUUCUCAGGUACGGGUUGUGUCAGAGAAAUUGUUAGGGUACAUCUCUGAACAAUAACGUAUGAAGGACAGUUACUCUUUACUUUAGGAUUGUUACAUCUCGAUUAUCAACGGUUCAUGGCAGUUCGAUAUGCAAGGAAAUGUCACCCCACCCCCACAAUAUAUUGUUAUCUAUCUUGUUUACACAUUGCCCGUAAUAAAUAAUGUCAGUUUCAAUAAGCUAAUGUGUCUUCAUUAAAUAAUACUAUUAAAUAAUACUAUUACCAAC